AUGUCCUCCAACACUAUCCUUAUCGGUACCCAGGUGAUCCUCUCCACCGCUAUCCUUGGCUCCCUGCUCUACGCCGGUGUCCUCUACUCGGAAAUCAACGAGCUUCGUGAUGACGUCCUGCAGGAUAUGCACUCGUUCCGCGGCCUUGCCAAUGAUGCCUGGAGAUCCAUGGUUCAGGCGAAUGCUCCAGUUAACGGAGGAGCACUCCCAGAUUUUGGAAGCAUUUUCACUAGAGCUAAGCGUUCGGGAUCCUGCAACUGUGGCCCACAGCCUAGCAACUGCCCAGCCGGACCACCAGGACCACCGGGAGCCCCAGGAGAUGCUGGACUUGAUGGAGAGAAUGGACAAGCUGGACCAAAUGGACAGGAUGGAGCUGGUCAGGGAUCAUCCCAACAGCCAAGUGAAUGCAUUACCUGCCCAGCUGGAGCCCCAGGACCACAAGGACCAGACGGACCAGCCGGUGCCCCAGGAGCUGAUGGACAAGCCGGAUCCCCAGGUGCUCCAGGACAGGAUGGACAGCCAGGAGGCCCAGGAGCACAGGGAGACGCUGGAGCCCCAGGAAAUGACGGUACCCCAGGACAAGACGGAGCUCCAGGACAGAACGGACAGCGUGGAAACGGAGCCGCCGGGGCACCAGGACCACAAGGACCAGCAGGAAACGCAGGACAAGCUGGACAACCAGGAGCCGACGGACAGCCAGGAGCUCAAGGAUCCGCCGGAAUCGCCGGAGCACCAGGACAGCCAGGAAAAGCCGGAGAAGACGGAGAGGCUGGAGAGAACGGUACCGAUGGAGAGCCAGGAACUGAUGCCGAGUACUGCCAGUGCCCACCGAGAACUGGUGCCAUCGAGGUCGAGCCAGCCACCCAGGAGGAGGGAUACAAGAGAAGAAAGUACAGAUUCUCCAACUAA